AUGGAUAUCCAAAUUUCGCUAGCGACGAUAGACGACAUCCCAGAAAUUCUGGAACUCACCCAGAAAGCACGCGUGGACAUGUACCCGCAUCUGGAUGAGCAGUGGCGUGCCAUGAAGGCUGAGCAAGAUCUCGCAACGUUCCAGAAGAUAUUUUUCGAUCACCCAGAUGGCGCCUUUAUCGUCGCGCGAUCAGAAAACCGAAUCAUAGCGACGGUUGGAUAUCAACACUACGAUUACCGGUUUUCUCAUCUCACUCUACUGCCCGAUGGCGUUGUUGAAGUUGUGAGGCUUUUCGUGGUCCCAACUUGGCGGCGCGGCGGAUUGGCAUCCCGAUUAGUUUCGGCUUUGGAGAAGGCAGCGAGAGAAGCGGGCCUGAAACAGUUGUAUCUUCAUACUCAUCCGUUCCUGCCGGGAGCGAUCAAGUUCUGGGAACGGCAGGGAUUCGUCGUUUUAGAUAUUGAUCGAGACGAUGCUGUGUGGCAGACGACGCAUAUGAGCCGUAACCUUGACUGA